AUGGACCACAGCUACCAGCAGUUCUCCCUCAACGGUCGCAAUGACGACUCCGACGGGGAGAACUAUACUCCCCGUACCCCGCGCCGCACGCCGAUGGCGUGUACCUUCUGCCGUGGCCGUAAGCUCAAGUGCGAUGGACGUCCCAUCUGCGCGAACUGCAACCGCCGCGGGCUCGCAUGCGCUUACGUUCCUGUCGCGGCGCAGAAGUGA